AUGCAUUGUAAUGACGAUCUGGGAGGUGAGUGGAAGCGUUAAAUUCGAGGGAUUUCUUGACAGUUUCUGUUUCCGUAACCCCAUUCCCAACAGAUUGUUCCAAAAGAUAGUUACAGCUUGCAGCGAGGAAGACCGUCGAGGCCCUCGGCCCCCUUCAGAUAAGCAUCGAUAUCACCAACAGCGUCGUUCCACCGUGCAUUCGCUGUUCCCAGUGCGUUCUCUUCGUGACAUCCCCCCUCUUCUUAGUCAUCGAGACCAUUUGGCCGAUCCAGAUUCCCCGGAAGAAAGUUGUUCUCUAGAUAUGCUGUGAGUCUGUUCUUUUGAUCUCCGGUUCUUCAGAGAUCUUAUCCAUCCAGUUGAUCUCUUGUAUCAUCUCUUUCAGAUUGGUGGCCCCAUCUUCGCCAGAUUCUGGGCAUGUGGAUGUAGAUGGGAGUGAGUCUGUGUCCUCUUCUGAUAUGUCCGUAAUCUCGAGUUAUCGAUGGAAAAACACGAAGAAUUCCAUCGAUGAACUCUGGACUGAGUUUGUUGAUGGUUUAAAGGACAAUCGGAUCCAUCACGAGAAUUCGGAGGCCGAUCACAGACUGAGUGCUUCAGUUUUGGGCCGGGAUGUUCAACGAUGUUGUAAGUGUGUUAAGAAGGACUUGCAGUUAAUUGUUUCAUCCAUUGUAGUGGUCGAGAGCCAUUUCUAUCUUGAAUUUGGUGCCGGAUUAUGGGAUUUUUGCACAUGGAAAGCGCCUCUGGCAUCCCUCUGUUUGUUCAUGGUGUACAUGAAUGCUGUGUGGAACGAGAUCCUUAUCCCCUUGGUGUAUCUUCUUUUUCUUUUACAAUUAGGAAUUAACUAUCUCAAAACUCAAAAGUAAGUAAUCGUGGGACUACUUUUUAGGACUUUUAAAGAGUAGAGUUUUGUAGUCAGUAAGAAAUAAAAAAAUUUUUGCCAGCCAUUCAAAAAAUCAAUUCCUAUUCUUUGACACCCAUUCCAGCCUUUAGGCUACCUUUUUUGAGGCUUCGCAUCCAUUCUGACACUUUGGCCAGCCUUUUCUAAUGGCCAGAAUUAAAAAGUUUGUCUGUAAUUUCAAUUCAGCUGGUCAUAGAAUGUUGUAAUAUUGGCUAUACACAUUGGGCCAACACUUGACACUGCCUGAUGGCUUAAAUGGAAGUUUGCGUAUUAAUUAUUCGAUUCUUUAGGAAUAUUGAUAUAGGCCUCAAUUUCCUACCUCGAAGGAAGGUCCCUUCUCCCAAAUUUGAUUUAAAUGGGGCCCAAUUAAUAUUUUAUGUGGUUAAGAAAGCCCAAAUGUUGCUUACCUUCAGUGCUGACGCCUUGGAGAAGUUGAGAGCGUAUGUUACAGUAAUCCUUUUUUUAAUUUAAUUUUUCUCCAGACUCUUUAUGUGGCGGAAGCCCGAGGUGACCUUGAAGUUCGUCCUGAUCUUAUCUUUCUUCUUCUGGGUCCACGUUUUGACCUCCCUGAAUACUUUUUUGAUUGUAAUCGGUAAGAAAAUGUUUUUAUUACACUUGCUUACACUUAAUCUUAUUCGUAUUUUAUGAUCUUUGAAGGUUUGUAAUUGAAUUCUAACGUCUUAAACAUUGCAGGACUGUUAUGUGGCGGUAAGGCGUUCAUCAUGACGUAUCUUUAUUACCGCUUUCCCCGCCUCAGGCAGAUGUUUGACAUCGCCUUUUUCUUUUAUCGUCAUCUCCCCAAAUCACCGCAUAAAUUAGAAAAAAUGGAGAAAAAAACGACCGCAUUAAGACGGCAGAGUGACACAUAUUCAUCUGAAUUGUCGCAAAAGGUGAGUCAUCUUACAUUUAGAAGGUCUGCUGCUGUAGGGUGAUCGGAUUGAUUUAGAAAAUGCAUUUUUUUCUCGUAUAUACUUGUUUGUCUUAAGUAGUACUGUAAAUUAGUAACGUUUUGUGUGGAUGAGAAGUGCUUUUACAGGUAAAAAGUACUACCUUGCAGUAUUACGCGUCAGUUACAUUGUUAAAUUGGCGUCGUUUUCGUCAUGUCAAAAUUUUCUGUCAUUUUGAUUGUCUAUUGAACUUUUUUGGAAAUUUUUGAAUUUUUGAUAAAAAAAUUGUAAGAAUUUAAAAUUUUUAUGAACUAAAUUGCUUCUUCUUGUUAAGACAAUCGAUGAAGUAAACAGCAAACCUAGAAUUAUUUACGGUAUUCUUUAUAGUCUAUGUGCAACGGGUUAAAAUAUAACCAAGGUGAUUUAUAUCUGGCGGCAAGCUCAGUAUGCCGAUGAAUUUUUACGCCUACUUACAAGGGAAGUCACUUUUUUCGCAGAUCGAUCCAUACUGGUGACCUAGUGGACAGUGAAGGCCUCAGGCUGUGUAAGAAGAAUAUGGCGUCCAAAAGUGUUUACGGGCCCUGGGGGCAGAGUUAUGGCUCAUCAAAGUUCGCGCAAAAAAGGUUCCGAAAAGACCCUCCAAAAAAACGGGAUCGGAGAAGUGAGCUUCGGUAGCAGAGUGGUUCGCAGAUUUUUCUUUUGUCUGGAAGGGCCAGGGUUCGAUUCCUCUUCCCGGCAAUUAAUAAAAAUAAUAUUGUAAGAGUAGGGUAAGUUACAAAAAAAAUAUUUUAAAGUAUUUUUUGAAAAAUAUUAUUAUCCUGUCGUUAAAAAAAUGACGAUUUUGUUCAUAUCGUCACUAAAUUUAUCAUCUGCCCAGACAGCAAGCGUUUGACUCAAACGCUUCAGCAUGAUAUCACGAUCACCAAGGGCGUCUUCUAAAACAUCAGAGAUAUACAUAUUGAGAAUCCCAGCCCUACCUUUACGCCAAAGUUCCCGCAGUUUUCUCCAAUGAUACGGCGUCUUGAUCCACCGUAAUCGCCGAAUUAUUCCAGAAAUUGAAUGCGAUCCUCGGUGGAAAAAUGCCCUCGCAUCCCUCACUGUGUCCAAGCUCACAACGUCUUCCCCAAAUUUUAACGACAGGAUAAUAAUAUUUUUCAAAAAUUAUUUCAAAACAAUUUUUUUUGUAACUUACGCUACUCUUACAAUAUUAUUUUUAGUUAUUGCCGGGAAGAGGAAUCCGAACCCUGGCCCUUCCAGACAAAAGAAAAAUCUGCGAACCACUCUGCUACCGAAGCUCACUUUUCCGAUCCCUUUUUUUGGAGGGUCUUUUCGGAACCUUUUUUGCGCGAACUUUGAUGAGCCAUAACUCUGCCCUCAGGGCCCGUAAACACUUUUGGACGCCAGAUUCUUCUUACACAGCCUGAGGCCUUCACUGUCCACUAGGUCACCAGUAUGGAUCGAUCUGCGAAAAAAGUGACUUCCCUUGUUAGAAAAAAUAAUUUUUUCUGGAGCUGAGACCCGCUAUUUUCAACCGACUGAAUUUCAAACAAAACCUUGAAUUGACCUCUCUAUGUCUUCCCAAAGUCUUCAAGGAUGAUUUUCGGGCCGAAAUCGCUGAAACUUGAAAUUUUUUUUGGCCAAGUAGGCGUAAAAAAUCAUCGGCAUACCGACCUUGCCGCCAGAUAUAAAUCACCUUGGUUAUAUGUCAAUUAAAACCACUUUCAGUUGAAAAAUAAACUGUUGCGCAACGAUUCCACAACCACGAAUUGCACAGUAAAGACCUGCGACACCAGCCGAAGAGGGUCGGCGGAUCUGAGUUUCUCGGAUUCCUGUUGCUCUUCCUCGAUUUCGAUCGAGAAAACAAACGAAAACUUGUUAUUCGAAAUCCGUGAGUAUCGUUUUUUAAAACUAAACCUGGGCCCUGUCCGCAUUUACGUUUUUAUUAUUUUCAGGUCGUCCUUGUUCUAUGAUCGACAAAAAUCAGGCAUUCCCUAAGGGCCUGACCCAAGGGGAACUUAUUUUGAACGAUUCGUGAGUUUUGCGAUAACUUUUCUACUUCAGAGACUAUUUUUUUUGUAGUUGGCUGUACAGGGUUGGCCAAAAAAUGGACAAAAUUAAAAGUCCGCGCAUCCCGGCACAGAUACCGUAAUCAAUGGAAAGAAAAUAGUUUUAUAAUUGUCAACUAUCCUGCUUUAUCACAACGAUUUAAAUUGUUUAUAUACUUUUGCUGAACGAUUGAUACGACCCAAAAUCCUAGGCCAGCCCAUAUUCUGACCACGUUUUCCAAAAACACUUCUUUACAUGGCCUCCUUGUUUCGCUUCGACUGCUUGAUAUGUCUGUGUAGCAGCUCUAAAAAAUUUAGGGGCAAGAAACUUUGAAAUUUUGCCGCGGGAAUUGGAGCGUUGACCCGGCAUUUUUUUUGCAAUCGUAUGUCGGAAACUUUUGCAGGUAGGGUGAAAAUUCUUCAGUAAAUAUGUUUCCUUAACAUAGUACUUUCACGCCAUAUACACCUUUUUUCACAAACUGUUUCAUUGCAAGAAAAAAUGGAUAAAAAAUUAAUGUCCGUUUUUUUGGCCCACCCUGUAUACAACCUCUAAUGGAAGUCAUAAUUGCCUUAAUUUGCAAGUAAAUCAUUUGCAGAAUGUUAAUGUUUUCCUACAAAAAUGCAAAAAGCGAUCUAACGGAGACAAUCGAGAUCCCCUUCGAUCAGUUGGUUAUGUUCAAGAAAGUAAUAUUUUUGAUUCAGUUCUCCAGUAGUUGGUAAAUGCCGGUUAUAUACAUUACUUCAUUUAGGUCCGUCUCCUUAAAGCGAUUGGUCGCUUAUUCCCCGGAGGAAGUAAAGGGAUCGAAUUGCAAUUAAAAUCGAAGCCAAAGCCACUGAGAUUCAUCCGGAUCCGGCAAUGUGAUGACUUCUACAAAUGCCUUCAGGAAACGACCAAUCUUUUAGAUUUCGAUCUUCAAAACGACACAUUACAUUGA